CUUUAGAAGUUACUCUUUGGGGUGAAAAUUGAAAAUCUAUACUACAUUUGAAAAGAGUGGAAAAAUUAAGGAAAGAAAAGUGACCAAAGAGAAGAGGGGGUUGCUCUCUCAUCAUCGUCGUCACCUUCUUCAUCAUCACCUCUUCAAAUUUCCCAGAUUAUUAUCAUUCACCCCCAAUUUUAUUCAACAAUGCCCUAAUUUCACACACCUCUCUAAAAAUCAAAAUUAAUAUUCUAAAUCAUGUCCGCCAUUUACAACCCAUAAGCUUACCUCAUCUUCUUCCUUCUCUCUCCUCAAUCCCAAUUUCGUAUUCCAAUUUUUGGGGCGAAAAUUAUGCACAGAGAAAGAGGUAAUGUCGGCGGUGUGCCGUCGAAGUCGUCGGAAAUCGGAAGUAUUGAUCGGAAACGCAUCAAUGAUGUGUUAGAUAAGCAUCUCGAUCGAAGCUCCCCUUCGACUUCGAGGGGAUUGAGCACUAACCCCAAGGAUAAAGAAUUUAGGGUUUCUGCGCCUUCGAGUUCUAUCGGAAAAACGCCGCCUGAUUUCUCUGAUUUGAAUAAUUCCAAGGAUCUCUCUGAUGAGGAGUCUGAAACUGACAGUGACGAAUCCGAUGUUAGUGGUUCUGAUGGUGAGGAUACAUCAUGGAUUUCAUGGUUUUGCAAUUUGCGAGGGAAUGAAUUUUUCUGUGAGGUUGAUGACGAUUAUAUCCAAGAUGACUUCAAUCUUUGUGGAUUAAGCAGCCAAGUACCAUAUUAUGAUUAUGCGCUUGACCUCAUUUUGGAUGUCGAAUCUUCUCAUGGUGAUAUGUUUACGGAGGAACAGAAUGAGUUGAUAGAAUCUGCAGCAGAGAUGCUUUAUGGCCUGAUUCAUGUCCGAUACAUCUUGACUACUAAAGGAAUGGCUGCAAUGUUAGAGAAAUACAAAAACUAUGAUUUUGGGCGUUGUCCUAGGGUUUACUGCUCUGGGCAGCCUUGCCUUCCUGUUGGCCAAUCCGACAUUCCACGAUCAAGCACUGUGAAAAUCUACUGUCCAAAAUGUGAAGACAUCUAUUAUCCGAGAUCCAAAUACCAAGGCAAUAUAGAUGGUGCUUACUUUGGUACUACAUUCCCUCACCUUUAUCUGAUGACGUAUGGGAACCUCAAGCCAACACAAGCAAAUACUACUAGGAGCUAUGUGCCAAGGAUUUUCGGUUUCAAGGUGCACAAGCCUUGAUUGAUGCCAGCAUUUUAUGCUGCAUCUCACAAUGCCGAAAAACCCACUGCUUAGCAGUGUUCUGCGUUUUGUUUUUUUUUUCCUUAUCGAGUAAAUAUGCUUCAAAUUUUCCAGGUAAAAUGCAGUGGCUUUUGCAAAUUCACAAAUGAACUUUUAGAGAAGUUCUAUGUACAAUGGCUAAAGCCACAUUCAAAGUUGUUAGUGACAGUGUGCAUGUAAUUUUUAUUUUUAUAUUUUUAUUGAUAAUCAGUUAGUUUCA